AUGGUUGUUGGUGACGAAUUCAUUAAGUUUGCCUCUAGAAGAUCUACUGUAUACUCAGCCAAGGGAAUUGUCUCUUCAUCUCAGAGUCUUGCCAGUGCUGCUGGUAUAAAGAUCUUGCAAAAGGGAGGGAAUUGUGUCGAAGCUGCCAUUGCUGUGGCUGCCGCACUUUGUUUGACAGAACCUGCUUCAACUGGGAUUGGAGGAGAUUGUUUCGCUUUAUACUAUAAGUUAGAGGAUAAAAAUGAUCCAAAGAGUGGGAAAGUAUUGGGAUUGAAUGGAACUGGUAGAGCUGCUAAAAAUGUCACUCCUCAAGAUGUAUGGAAUGAACAUAAUGGAGGAAAACCAAUGAAGAGAAUUCCUUAUACAUCAGUAUUCUCAGUUACAGUUCCUGGAGCAAUUGCAGGAUGGAAUGAUGCUUAUGAAAAAUGGGGAUCUAAGAAAGUUUCUUUUGCAGAGAUUUUAGAACCUGCUAUUGAAUUAGCUGAAAAUGGAUUUCCAGCUGCUGAAUUAGCAGCUAGAUCUUGGAGAGGAAGUGCAAAGAAACUUAAGGCUCAAAACCCAGGUGCAAACCUUACUUCAUUAUUAGUAGAUGGUGAAGGUCCUAAUGAAGGUGAAUUGGUUUAUAAUAAACAAAUUGCUGAAGCUUUAAAGUUGAUUGCCAAGCAUGGAAAGAAAGCUUACUAUGAAGGUCCAAUUGCUGAAGCCAUUGUUAAAACGACUUCUGCUAGAAAUCAUAAGUUAACUUUAGACGAUUUUAAAAAUCAUACUUCAACUUUUGUUGAACCAAUCAAACUCAAUUUCCAAGGAUUUAAUGUUUGGGAAAUCCCUCCAAAUGGUCAUGGUUUAGUAGCACUUUUAGCUCUUGGAAUUAUUCAAGAACUUCAUAAUAGUUCAAAGAUCAAUCUUCAUGAAUUGAAGCAUAAUUCUGCUGAGUAUUUACAUGUUUUGAUUGAAGCUUGUAAAAUUGCCUUCUAUGAUUCUGAUGAAUAUGUUACUGAUCAAGAUUUCAAAGAUAUUCCAAUUGAAGAGUUGUUAAAUCCAAAAUAUUUAAAAACAAGAGCCAAUUUAUUCAGUCCAGCCAAGGCAAUUGAUGGUGAAUCAAUAAGUCAUGGAGUUCCAGAUCCUAAAUUUAAAUCAGAUACUGUUUAUUUCUCUGUAUCCGAUUCAAAUGGUGAAGCUUGUUCAUUCAUUAAUUCAGUUUAUCAAGGUUUUGGUUCUGGUAUUCUUGUUGAAGAUUUUGGUUUCUGUUUACAAAAUAGAGGUUCUAACUUCAAUUUGACUCCUGGAGAGAAUAAUUGUUUAGAAGGUGGAAAAAGACCAUAUCAUACUAUUAUUCCUGGUAUGAUUACUAAUUCUGAUGAUUCCUUAUAUGCCGCAUUUGGUAAUAUGGGAGGUUUUGCUCAACCAGUUUGUCAUGUACAACAUGUUCUUAAUUUGACUUUGUUCAAUUUCACACCACAACAACUGAUUGAUUCACCAAGAUUUAUUCUUGACUCUGAUGGAAAUCCAGAAACUGAUAGAGGUAAGGGUGCAGACGGUCCAGUAAGCACACCAAUUACCAUUGUUAAGUUGGAAGAAGGUAUUUCUGCUGAUGUUAUUGAUAAAUUAAAGAAGUUAGGACAUGAUACUGAAUUGAUCACUGGAUUUGCAAGAGGAACCUUCGGUCGUGCUCAAAUAAUCAAGAAAGAAAUUAAAGAAGGUAACAAAUUUGUUUAUGCUGGUGGUUCAGAUUUAAGAGGAGAUGGUGCCUCUGUUGCUUUAGGUUAA